CCGUCACACAAGCGUGUCACGUGACAGUUUGUAGUUUCAACAUGGCUGCGGAGGAGCUCCCGUCUCAAUUUGAUGUUGUCAUUCUCGGCACAGGACUCACAGAAUCUGUCAUUGCGGCGGCCUGCUCCAGAGUCGGACAGAGCGUUCUCCAUCUGGACCGGAGGAUCUACUAUGCUGGAAACUGGGCUAGCUUCACAUUCAAUGGCCUGCUGUCGUGGAUCGAGGACUAUAAGAAUCAGGAGGAAGUGAAGACCGCAGAGUCUGAGCAAGAAUGGAGGAGCCUGAUUGAAGAAGAAGAAGAUGUGAUUCCUCUCAGCUCGGUGGACACCGCCAUCUCCAACCUAGAGGUUUUCUGUUAUGCCAGUGAGGAAGAAGAGAAAGAGGAAGAAACGAAGCCAUCGUCCACGAUCAGUCAGCCUGUGAACGCUGCGACUAUAUCAGAUGAGACCAAUGAUGACUCUACAGAAGCUCAGGACACGAUAACCACUGACGCUAACACAGAAGCUGUAAAGGCACCAAACGCUGAGGGCGAAGUGUCUGAGCCAAUAGAGGAGCAUCAUGCGUCUGAAAUUUCUGACCUCAGCCAAUCACAGGAUGUCGAAGAGCAGCAGCCAAUCAGCAGUCCAGCAGAUCCACCUGUAGAGGUGAAAAAGAAGAUAACGUAUCAAAAACUGUUAAAGGAGGGACGGAGAUUUAACAUCGACCUUGUCUCCAAGUUGAUGUAUUCACGUGGUGCACUGGUGGAUCUGCUCAUCAAAUCUAAUGUGAGCCGUUACGCAGAGUUCAAGAACAUCGGACGGAUCCUCACCUGUAGAAAUGAUAAAGUUGAACAGGUCCCGUGUUCACGGGCGGAUGUGUUUGCCAGUAAGCAGCUGACUGUGAUAGAGAAACGCAUGCUGAUGAAGUUUCUUACCUUCUGUCUGGACUAUGAGCAACACCCAGAGGAGUACCAGGAGUACUCGGAGAAACCGUUUCGGGAGUUCCUGAAGGUCCAGAAGCUGACGGAGAAUCUGCAGGACUUUGUCCUACACUCAAUCGCUAUGGUGACACAGGAGAGUCUUACAGAGGAGGGACUGAAGGCCACGCAGCACUUCCUGCGAUGCUUGGGUCGUUAUGGCAACACUCCCUUCCUCUUCCCACUCUAUGGCCUGGGAGAGAUCCCACAAUGCUUUUGCAGGAUGUGUGCCGUAUUUGGAGGAAUUUAUUGUCUUCGACACUCAGUUCAGUGCCUGGUUGUGGACAAAGCGUCGAACAAAGUUAAAGCUGUGAUUGAUACACGCGGUCAGAGGAUCAGCUGCAGUCAUUUCGUGGUUGAGGAUUCGUACAUCAGAGACGAACAAAGACGGAGCACGGCACACGGGCAGAUAUCUCGAGCCGUGCUCAUUACGGACAGAUCUGUGCUAACCUCAGAUUCAGAUCAGCAGAUCUCAUUGGUGACUAUUCCUGUGGAUUCCUCAGCAUCAGCUGUGAGGAUGGUGGAGCUGUGUUCUUCAUCCAUGACCUGCAUGCCUGGCACCUAUUUGGUCCACUUGACUUGUUCAUCUUCUGGUUCGGCCCAGGAAGAUCUUGCUCCAGUUAUAUCUCGAUUGUUUCAUGUUCCCACCGUUCCUGGAGAGGAACCUUCAGAAGGUGCGGAGGAGAGCAGCAAGCCUUCAGUGCUGUGGGUCAUGUACUUUAACAUGAAGGACACGUCUACCCUGGACAACAGCAGCUACAGUCUGCCGAGCAAUGUUCACGUGUGCACUGGUCCCGAUAGCGGCCUGGGCUGUGACUACUCCAUCAAACUGGCCGAGUCGGUGUUUCAUCAGAUUCUGCCUGAUGAGGAUUUUUGUCCACCCGCACCCAACCCUGAGGACAUCAUCUACGAUGGCGAAGGCCCGCAGGCCGAAGGGUCGGGGUUUGACCAGACUGGCAACACAGAAGAUGAAAAACUCCAGACUCAAGAAGACGAGAGUGCAGCAUCACCGACUGAUGCCUCCGAUCCUGCGGAGAAGACGGACACCUCUCAGACCCCUCCCACUGAGGAAUAACCCCUUCAGACAACAUUUCAAUAAUCACUGUUACUCCAUCACGCUCUCAUCUGUUUCUCAUGGUUUCCCAAAAACACUGUCAUUAUUUCCUGCUUUUAAUCUGGGUCCGAACUGGCCAACAUGCUGCAGUGUGUGUCUGAAGAUCUACAUCCAGCUAAAAUAUAUGUUUCAUCAACACAUGAAAUGAUUUUAUUUAUGUGCCUUUAUCGUUUAGUUCUGGCUGUUAAUGGUUCACUUUUUUAAGCAGGAUGUUCUUUGUAAUUGUGUACAUAUGUGUUCACAACUUUGCAUGGUGCCUUUCAUAAUGUAUUGAGUUACUGAAAUGCUUUUGGAUAUCAUGGAUGCAUUUCAAACAGUCCUGACUUCAUAUGUGUUUAAAUGCGGACACUUCAAGUCUCAUCAGAUCGGUUCUCUGUAUCAGGUCACAUCCAUGCACAAUUCAGUAAUGUCUUGCUAUAAUUGUAUCAUCCAGAAAUGGUUGUUGCCAUUAAAUAUUUAAUUGAAUUA